AUGAGAAUAGCGUCCACAAAUGAAUAUGACAAAAUAAAGAAACCUCAAUUAUAUAUAAUAAAACAUUUAAUUGUAGAUCCAUUGAUAAAUCGUUAUACAAUAACGCCUGAAACCACUACUACUACUACUACUACUACUACUACUACUACUACUACUACUACUACUACUACUACUACUACUACAGAUUCCACUAAAAGUAAAGAAUUGGGCUAUAACGUACAACACGCGACCGCUUAUCAAUUAAUAGACAUAUGGGCGCCAGAUGGAAAUGAAAAACAAUCAUACACAACCAUAUAUAUAAGGUAA